AUGUGGAAAGAGUAUUCUGGUAUAGCUACUCUUGGUAGAGCUGGUAGAGAUGAAUAUAUUCUGUUGGCUCAAAAGUUUUUCAGGAUGCUGGCAUAUGGAUCAACCAUGCUUGUGUUGAUCUUGUUUUUACAAGAGUUGGAUAUAUCAGAAACUAGAAUUGGAUUAUUUAUGAGUCUCACAUUAAUAGGCGAUGUAGUUAUAUCAUAUUUUCUGACUUUUUAUGCUGAUUCAAUGGGAAGGCGGACGGUUAUGAUUAUUGGAUCAAUAGCUAUGGCUGCGGCAGGAUUAGUUUUUGCAACCUGUUCGAAUUUUUGGGUGCUAUUGCUAGCAGCAGUAUUAGGAGUCAUUUCGCCUAGUGGAGACGAGGUCGGUCCAUUUAGAACUGUAGAAGAAUCCACUCUUGCUCAUUUGACAGCUUUAGAAGAUAGAUCUGAUAUGUUUGCAUGGCAAGGCAUUUUUGGCACUUUGGGUGCUGCAUUAGGAACUUUGGGAAGCGGUGCCAUCGGAGAUUAUUUACGUGAUAUCAAGAAAGUCCCAGUUCUGAAUAGUUAUCGGUACAUAUUCUGGGCAUAUUUCUGCAUUGCACUGAUUAAACUGGUUUUGAGUAUUAUUCUGUCAGAAAGGGCUGAACAGUACUACCAAGUUAUGGAUACAACUAGCAGCUAUACGAACUCUAUGCCUACAGAAUCGACCAGUCUGCUGUCGGAAGAUAUGCCCCAAGAUGACAAUACUCGACCCGUGGAAUCUUCAUCUAUCGAUGGCACAUCAUCUGCCGAGUAUACUGCCCCAGUUGCCUCGUUUCUCCCAGAAACGAAAGCACUGCUCUUGAAAAUUGCAAUUGUAUUUUGCAUGGAUUCGUUAGCAUACAGCUUCAUGCCCUCGUCAUGGCAGGUGGUAUAUUUCGUCCAAAACUUGGGAUCUUCAGAAUCCAAAAUCGGCGGCUUGAUGUUUACUACUAAUAUAGUUGGAUCUGCGACUGCAAUGCUCUCCUCAAUACUAUCCAAAAAAAUUGGUCCCGUCCCUGCUAUUGCUGCAACUAAAAUCCCUUCUGCAAUUUUCUUGGCCCUCAUUCCUGCGACCGCUAAAGAAUGGUUGGCUAUGGCCUUUCUGGUAGGGCGGUCAUUCACUGAUAGCAUGGAUGUUGUUCCAAGGGUCGUGUUACUCACUUCUAUCGUCCCUAACCAGGAUCGUACCAAAGUCAUGGGUCUCGUCAAUGUGCUCAAAACAUUGGCGAGAGCUGUUGGACCCCCAUUUACAGGAUACUUUUCACAAGUCCACAAACUCUUCGUGCCGUUUCUUAUCAAUGCCUUGCUUGAACUGAUAUUUGCAUUUGGUGUCGUUACAUUUUUCUCUGAUGCAAAACUAUAUUAG